GGGACUGUCACCAGACUGUAACUGCUGCUCUUACGUUUGUCGAUGUGUGUGGGUGUGUACACAUGUGCGUGAGUGUGUAGUCCUGUACUUCACUUGCUAUUGGCACAGGAUUUUGGAAAUAUAAUUUUCAAAAAUUAAUGUAGUUUCAUUCAAGGGAGAUAAGUUGGUAUGACGCGAUGGCUGCCGGAGCAACUUCCAAGCUCAGAAAUAUACGAAUGACAUGCCUGUGCACAUUUAAGAAUGCUUGCUUGCAGUUCAUUGAAACAUUACAGUGAAAUCCUCCAAAUAUUUACCGUCUGCAUCUUUUAUUUGAAUGAGGUGCAGAAUAUCUAGUUUACUGUUGCUUUUGGCGUUUGGUUCAGUCGUUGCUCUCAACGCUGUGUUGACCAUUUGCAGAUCGAUGUAAACCUUUCACACGAAGAUUUAUGUGAGUGAAUAGAAAAAAAAUUGAACAAAACAUUCGGAUCGACAAGAAAAGUGAAAUGCGCUUUCUACUUUCCACUUGUUGUUAGUGCUAUUCUAUGUAAAUGUAAGAUUAAUCGACGUUUACUGGAGUCGUGGAGAACAUAACAGUGGUCAGUGAAAGACAGAUAUAAGAUUAAGCGCACAGAGAAUGGCCUCGGCAGACCACGCAGGUAACACACAACACCAAGGCCGAGACAAACGGAACAAAUUAAAUGAUGGAGGACAGGGACAGGGCAGAAAACGCAGCACAUCUCGAGAUGCCAGUCGAACGCAGCAUGAUAGACCGCCUGACCGACAGACGGGCAAGAAAGGUAAAAGCAGUGGAGCUGGUGGGGGAAGCAAUGCAGGAGUGAGUGGUGUAAAGCGCUUGACAAAAGAACACUCGUUUCUGCGAGAUGUAGCAGAUGUGCGGGCCAUGGAACAAGGCUUGCUGCAGCUGCUUGCGGACUUUCACUCGGGCAAACUCCGUGCUUUCAGUGAUGGGUCAACAUUUGAAAAAAUGGACCAAAUUCGGGAACAGCAAGAACGAUUGGCUCGUCUUCAUUUUGAACUUGAUGUUCAUCAGGAUUUGCACAGACUAGGCACAGAGGAGGCCCGUGCAACAGCCAACGGAAAUCUUUCCAAAUUAAUUGAUCAGCUUCAUCAGCUCAGCACAUCUAUACAGACACUUCAAACUGGGCCUGCAGACAAGGAUGACAAAAAAUCCAAAUUAAGCAGCAAGCCAUAGGCAGAGUGCUGCAAUGAAUGUAGAAUUAAUGUGAAACUUCUUGCACUGUGGCAGUUCACAGCAUCAGGAGGACAGAGACUGUGAUCAUCUGAAGACAUGUGUGAAUGAUUGUGAUCAUCUAAAGACAUGUAUUAAUGAUGAUUGUGAUCAUUUGAUCAUUUGACUGUGAUCAUCUGAAGAUGCCUGGUAGCUUGGCUAUAUCCAGACUAAGAAUUCUCAACGUCCAUUUUCAUGUGAUCUGUUUUAUACUUGCCCAAGAAAGCCUGUGAAGGCAUAAAGAUGUGACAAUGCUGAAAACCCCUUGACAUCUGUCAAGGGUAAAAUCACAUGCGAGUACUACAGUUACUUGUAGCACUUAUCUCCUGAUAAUUGUGUCACAGGCUAUGUUUGUCAGUCAUGUUGCAGUGUCAUUACAGGCAGUGCUUUACCAUUUCAUAUCCAUUAUGUCUCUUUUGGGGCAGCUGAGCUUCUUGUUUAUGUAAAGAUGAAAAGGAGGUGGGAAUGGGGUUGUUAAGUCUACUUCAUGUUCACCACCAUAACUGUGAUUUAUCUUCUUUUUACAUGUCAACAAGAUACUGUUAAUUACUUUGAUUCAUAUUCUGUGCUUUCACACUAUCUACAAGGUAUUUUAGGAACAUUUAUAAUUUAUGAAGAAUUAUAUGCAGCUUGUUUUGUAUCAUGCAUUGUACCAUUAGACACAUUUAUGCCUUUAAUACUUUGAAGCUAGCUUGUGAAGAUAUCAAAUUUUGUAACACUUAUUCUGAUCUCUCAUCUUCUUUAUUCUCUUGAUUAAUUUUAUACAUCCUACCACCUGAGACAAAAAGUCAGAAUUUAAAUAUUUGUGUAAAAAAAUAAAAUAAUUAUUUCUUGUAUAGAAAGUGUAAAAACCAGAAACAUUGAACAAGGCUACAUCACUGUAACCUGUAUCAUUCCUCUUUUUUGAGUUAUCAUUCCUGUCUUUUGUUGAGUGAUCUAAGCUUGCAGAGAUGCCAGAAAUUUGGUGACAAUAGUGCUCAUGUUCAGGCACACAGUUUGACAUUUAAAGUCGUUGGUGUAGAAAUGCAUUUGUAUAAGCCAGGAUCUACCUGCCAGCCACUUCUUGUAAUGCAGUGCUGUGGAGCAGCAGUCAGGCAUCGGUCAACCGCUCCUUGUAUUAAAGUUAUUAUCUUUGCUUGUAGGUUAAAGAAGUGUAAUUUAGUGUCUGCUGUCAGCUUUAAGGCCUCUAUAUCUCAGCCUGCAAGUCACUCAAUGUGGCAUACAAGAGUGUAUAAGGUGAAGUCACCAGCCAGGGGCCUAGCUGCCAAUGUGAGGUUAUGUUUUGUUACUAGCCCAGUAUCCAGAUUGCUGUAAAUCCAUUUUUAAAUGACAUUUUUCAUUAAAUAAAACUGGACCUUAAUCACUUUCCAUCAGAUUCCUCUUACUGAAAAUAUUGGCCAUACUGACCUUUUACAAUUAUUUUUAUUGAAGAAAGCCAUAUCUUUUCAAUCAGGUAAAGAAUUUGCCUCUGCAUGCUGACAUUUAUACAAAAUCCGAUGCACAUAUAUUGCUACUUUUAUUUCCCAAUUUUUGUAAACUAUUGGUUUGAUGGGUUUUUUUUUGUGGUUUUACAGCUUGUGUAUAUUGUCCUCAGGGAUUAAAGAAAAUUACACUAACUCAAGUACUUUUAGGCCAUUCACAUCAACUUCCCAACCUUGUCACCAAACCAUAGCAAAGCAGUAUGCUAGCAGAGUUGUCACAUGACUGCCAAUGUAAUCAGUCUUUUUUAUAAACAACAAAGCCAUUGAAUAGCAUGCAAUCUUUGAUUGGGAAUCCAAAUCCAUGUACAUAAAAGCAGUAUUCCUAACAAUAUCUCCUUCAGAGAAAAAUGGCAUUUGUUGACAACACUGCACAUGGUAUAUUAUGUAAUUUUGACUGCUGUUGCAUCCACAAAGUAAUAUCCCUAUGGUUGCAUCAGUGGGCAGUGACCUACGGUCACGUUAUACCUACUCAAUUGCCAGAGAUUUUAGGUCUUCAUUGACCUGUUGACAGCUGUGUUUAUAUACAGUUUUUCUUUAUCUGUAAACAGAGAGAUAGGUCUAGAUUCUCUCAUAUUUUUUAAGUAACAUUUUCCCUCUGUUGUGUUUACCCCCAAAUUCCUUUAUAGAACUCACAGGAGUCUAGACUGUCGGGUCAUCAUAUAAAAAAAAAAACACCACACCUAUUAUCACCUUAUUUCAGCCAUUAAAAAAUAUGAAUAAUUUGCAAGCACUACUAGUGCUGUUAUCAUUUUCCAUGUUUAGGGUUAUUUAUCAAAGGUUGCUUUAUCUCUAGUAAGCAUGUCCUAUAUUGACAGCUUCCUUAGAAUAUAUUUAGCUAUGUGCAAUGCAGGGGGCAGAUUCUUACUUUUAACUAUAUCACCUGUGAACUAUGGAUCAUGGUUGAAUUUUAUUGUAUAAAAGCUACUGUUUAUGUGUUUUGUAAGAACAGUCUUUUAAUUUAAUGUAGUAGCCUCAGCUUUACUGGUAAUUGAAUAUAAGCUUCUGAUGCAUAGUCUGUGCAGACACAAGCUGUUCUGUAGUUUCUAAUAAAGUUGAAUUUGUGUACACUAACAUUAUUAGCAAUACAUAGUUUACUAAUACCUCUUAUGGAUGUUAACGUUUGGUUAUCACCUCAUUGGGGAAUUUAUUUGAAUUUAUUUACUGUUCUGAUCUCAUUUUCUUUACACUGCAGUUGUUUACAGUAGUUUAAUUUCUUUUCUUUUAAAUAUUUUUGUAACUAGUCACUGUUCCUUUUGCUUAUUCAUUGCCAUUCCAUUAAAAUGUGCUAGUCCAAUGUUUAUUAAAUGAAAUAACGCACUACAAAACCAAUUAUUGCAUUUUUAAAUGUUUAGAAUUGGUAAAGAGCUUGAAAAU